AGCCGACUUCGAGCUCCAGAACCAGAACUGGAGCAAAACCAGGCGGAGGAGGAGGAGGACAGAAGAGAGCGAAGACCAAACACCAGCAUGAUCCACUCGAAUCAAUCCACCCACUCUAUAUUCUGCUGCUGCUGUGCUGUUCAAAGCAGGGAGAUCAGCACACGCAUGGAGCUGGAGGGCAGAACGUCUCUUUGCUUCCCAAGCAGACGAUACCCUGGAAAUGCCCGGCGGGUGGACCGGUCCAGGAAAAAGCUCCCUCUGCCGCCUCCGGAGAACGGAGAAGGUGAAGGUUUGGUGAGGGUUGUUGCCAUGUACGACUUCACGGCCAAAGAAGACUCAGACCUCACCAUUAAACAGGGGGAGGAAUAUGUCAUCCUCCAUAAGCAGGACCAGCUGUGGUGGCGAGCGGAGGACAGGCAUGGGAAUAAAGGCUUCAUCCCCAGUAACUACGUAACAGAGAACAGAAUCGAAGCAAACUCGUGGUACUGCAAAAACAUCACCAGAACAGAAGCAGAACAGCUGCUGAAACAGCAGGAUAAAGAAGGUGGUUUUGUUGUGCGGGAAUCCAGUAAACAAGGAACUUACACAGUUUCUGUUUAUACAAAGACAUUAAGUUUGAAUGGGGACAUUAGGCAUUACCAGAUAAAAAUAACCAACACUGGACAGUUCUACCUGGCUGAAAAACACGUCUUCAGCUCCAUACCAGAUGUUAUACACUACCAUGAACACAAUGCAGCAGGUCUCGUGACCCGGUUACGGUCGGGACCGAUGGGAAGGUGUGUUCCAGCCACAGCAGGAUUCAGCUCAGAGAAGUGGGAGAUCAACCCCAGUGAGCUGACCUUCAUGAAGGAACUGGGCAGCGGCCAGUUUGGAGUGGUGAAGCUCGGCAAGUGGAGAGACCAGCAGAAAGUGGCCAUCAAGACCAUCAGGGAGGGAGCCAUGUACGAGGAGGACUUCGUCGAAGAGGCCAAAGUCAUGAUGAGGCUGUGCCAUCCCAAACUAGUCCAGCUGUACGGCGUCUGCCUGAAGCAUCGCCCCCUGCUGAUCGUGGCUGAGUUCAUGGAUAACGGCUGUCUGCUGAACUACUUGCGGCAGAGGGGCGGAGCUCUGAAGGAGGCGUGGCUUAUGUCCAUGUGUCAGGACGUCUGUGAGGGGAUGGAGUACCUGGAGGCUCACAGCUUCAUCCACAGAGACCUGGCAGCCAGAAACUGUCUGAUUAACGAGAACAACGUGGUGAAGGUCAGCGAUUUUGGGAUGACCAGGUACGUUCUGGACAACCAGUACACCAGUUCCAGUGGCGCCAAGUUCCCAGUGAAGUGGUCGCCUCCGGAGGUUCUGCACUACAGCAAAUACAGCAGCAAGUCAGACGUGUGGUCCUUCGGCGUGGUGAUGUGGGAGAUCUUCUCCGAGGGUCGAACGCCGUUUGAGAACCGCUCCAACUUGGAAGUAGUGAACGACAUCACCAAAGGGAUUCGGCUGUACCGGCCGCACCGCGCCUCCCAGCCGCUGUACGCCAUCAUGUACCGCUGCUGGCACGAGAAACCUCAGGGACGGCCGGCGUUCUCUACACUGUUGGAGGAAAUCAGAAAACUGGCAGAAAAUCCAGACUAACACAAAGAUGCUAUUCUUUUACCUCUGAAUAUCAAGCUGUUUUCAAACUCAUAUGUACAAAUAAAAAAUGUUUUAUUGCUGUAUAUAAAUGUAUAAAUUUAACUUA